GCCGGAUCAUUUGUGAAUUUACUCACCCCCAGCAAGAUGAACCAGCAGCGCAUGACCGCCAUCAAGGUCGGCUACAAGGGCGAGAUCCACCGCGUCCGCGUCGACCUCGCGGCCUUCGCCUUCGCCGACCUCGAAGCGCUCUUCCGCGAGACCUUCAAGCUCGAAGCUGGCAGCUUUGUCAUCCAGUACAAGGACAACGAGAACGACUGCCUCCAUGUGGGCUCGGCCUCGGAGUUCGAGGAGGCGUGCAACGUCUUCCUCUCGUCGGGCGAUGCGGUCAAGAGCCUUCGCUUUAUGGCCGUGCCGACCAUGGAGGCGGCCUUCCACGACAACGUCGCCGACCCGAUCUUGAAGAUUAUCGAGUCGCUUGUCGAGAGCUUGCACCAGGCCAUGGAGAAGGUCAAGAGCGAGCAGUGGAAGCAGCGCAGCGCCGAACUUGCGACCAAGGCGCAGGAGACGGCCCAGGCCACGGGCGUUGUCCUCAACGAGAAGAUGCAGCAGACGGGCGUCGUCAUCAACAAGGCCUACCACAAGACGGUCGAGGAGUCGAAGGUCGCCUUUGAAGCCGCCAAGAAGAGCCUCAACGAGAUCGAGUUUGAGCACUUGAAGAAGAGCCUGAACGAAAUCGACUUCGACCGCCUCGUCAAGGACACGUCGGACGGCGUCAAGUCUGCUGCCGACACGAUUGCCGCGUACGCCAACCAGCUCGUGGAGGAAAUCCAGCAGCUCAAGGAGAAGACUGCGACGCCCGUGGCUGCCCCCGUCGUCGCCGAAGCCGAAGUCGAGAUCGCUGAAGUUACGGUCGAGGCGCCGGUCGUCGCCGAAGAGCAGGUCGAGGCCGAAUGGGAGCAGGUUGUCGAGGAAGCCCCCGUGGUUGUCGAAGCUGCCCCUGAGCCCAGCGCCGAAGAGCUUAAGUGGGCCGCGCAGCUCGUCCUCAUCCGCGAGGUCUUCCCGGACGUCGACGCUGUCCGCGCCACUGCGCUCCUGGAGGCUGCCAAGGGCGACGUGAACGUUGUCUUGAACAGCCUCUUUGAGAUGUAAGCAGCGAGCCAUGCGAUCGCCCGCGUCCUAUAUCUAAUUUCAUUUUAAGAUGAGUCUAUCAAUGCCCACACAUAGUACAA